AUAGGAAAGGAGAAGGCAUACUACCAAAUGGGCAACGAUGAUAAUGGAGCAUGGCAUUGGAACCUUACAUGGAGAAGAAGUUUGUUCAAUUGGGAAGUUGAAGAAGCCUGGAAAUUUGGAAAUAUGUUAGAAGGCAUGAAGAUUUCUCCUGGUUACCCUAACAGAUGGGAGUGGAUACAUAGCAAGGAUGGCCACUACUCAACCAAAAGAGCUUACUCAUUCUUAACAAAAGAGCAGUGCGGACCAUAUGGAGAUAUGACUUUUAAAAGAAUAUGGAAUCCUAUUCUCCCAAGCAAAAUUUCUGCAUUCAAUUGGCAAUUAUUGUUGGACAGAAUACCAACUAAGUUUAACUUGAUAAAAAGAGGGAUUGUCAAAAACUUCGGAGAAGGAAAAUGUACAAUGUGCAAGGAAGAGGAUAAGGAUGUUGCCCAUCUGUUCUUGAAAUGUAAGGUAGUUAGAUGGCUAUGGGAGGAAUGUGCUAAAUAGUGGGG